UCCCUCUCUCUUUCUAGCUCUAUAGUAAUUUACGAUCAAAUGGUUGAACGAAAGAAGUACCUAUUGUUUCUAGCGACACCGGACUCGGAGUUUGCGAAGAAGACAUACGGAGGAUACCAUAACGUGUUUGUUUCACUGCUUGGCGAUGAAGGAGAGCAAUGGGACUCUUUUAGAGUCGUGGACGGUGAGUUUCCAGACGAGAAGGAUCUUGAGAAGUACGAUGGAUUUGUAAUCAGUGGCAGCUCUCAUGAUGCUUUUCAAGACACUGAUUGGAUCUUGAAGCUCUGUGAUAUCAUCAAGAAACUCGAUGACAUGAACAAGAAAGUCCUCGGUAUUUGCUUUGGCCACCAGCUAAUAGCUAGAGCGAAGGGAGGCAAAGUAGGGAGAGCAAGGAAAGGACCAGAGCUUUGCCUUGGGAACAUAACCAUCGUGAAAGAGGCAGCGACGCCGGAAAAUUACUUCGGUGAAGAAGUUCCGGCGAAUCUGAGGAUCAUAAAAUGCCACCAGGAUGAAGUUUUGGAGCUGCCUCAAAAUGCAAAACUGUUAGCAUAUUCAAGCAUGUACGAGGUAGAGAUGUAUUCAAUCGAAGAUAACUUCCUUUGCAUUCAGGGACAUCCUGAGUAUAACCGUGACAUCUUGUUCGAUAUCAUCGAUCGUGUUCUUGCCGGCGGCCACAUUAAGCAAGACUUUGCCGAAACGUCAAAGGCAACAAUGGAAAAGAAUGAAGCAGACAGGAAAUUUUGGCAGAAAAUUUGCAAGAACUUCCUCAAAGAAGGUGAGCAAUGGGAUCUGUUUCGAGUGAUCGACGGUGAGUUUCCGGACGAUAAGGAUCUGGAUAAGUACGAUGGUUUUGUUAUCAGUGGAAGCCUUCAUGAUGCUUUUGGUGAUGAUGAUUGGAUCGUUAAGCUUUGUUCUCUUUGCCAAAAACUUGACGACAUGAAGAAGAAGGUUCUUGGUAUCUGCUUUGGCCACCAGAUACUAAGUAGAAUCAAAGGAGGGAAAAUCGGAAGGGCGAGUAUAGGUUUGGAUAUGGGACUAAGAAGCAUAACAAUGGUUAAAGACGCGGUGAAACCGGGUGGUUACUUUGGAAGCCAGAUUCCGAAAUCACUAGCCAUUAUAAAAUGCCAUCAAGAUGAAGUUUUUGAACUCCCUGAGUCAGCCACAUUGCUUGCUUAUUCAGACAAAUACAAAGUUGAGAUGUGUUCGUAUGGAAACCACUUCCUAGGCAUCCAAGGUCAUCCUGAGUACAACAAAGAGAUUCUUUUCGAGAUCAUUGAUCGCGUCGUCAAUUUAAAGUUGAUGGAGCAAGAUCUUGCGGAUAAGGCGAAGGCAACGAUGGAAAACGCGGAACCAGAUCGGAAGCAAUGGCAGACUCUCUGCAAAAACUUUCUCAAAGGAAGAUCUGAGCAAGUUUAAACAAUGAACAAAAGUUGUAGAAUUGCUUGGAAAAAACUUAAAAACAAUUUCUAUGUAAUAAUAAGAUUAAGGGCAA